GGACGCAGAAGAACACAAAAAAAAUGAGAGAGAGAGCAAGAAGGGAACAAGGUGGUCACAGCUCACCGGCAAAGCGGACGGCACUAAAUCGAGAGCGUGAAGAGACUCGUGGAAGAAACCCACAAAGGGGAUUUGAGCUAGUAAAACAGAGAAGAGUGCAGAAUGUUCAGCACCAGGAUUGGAAGAUGCAGAAGCAUGGAAUGUACAAUUGGGGUCUAUACAAACAAGCCACUCCUUAUUUCUUUACCAAUUGUUCGGAUGACUGGAGCUAUGAAAGACAUGUGGAAGACAUUCCUGAAAUUUGGAAGGGGAGGAGGAAAGGACAUCAUAGAGUACAGCAAAUCAGAAUCGAUUUGGGAGGAAUGACAUUGGAGAUGGGGAGUAUACAGAGCAAAGCAGACAAGGAAGAAGCAAAAGUAGACAUAGAAAUGGCACACUCCGUUGAAAUGGUUCGUAAUUUGCAGGAGAAGUUCUUUAUGGAAGGGUACUUCUCAUGCCAAAUUAGACCGAUGGGAGGUAGAUUGGUAUUAUUAGAUUGUCAGGAUAAGGAGGAAUUGAAGGACUUGGUUGAAAUGGCAUCAAAUUGGCUACGGCAAUGGUUUGAAGAGGUGCAUCCUUGGUCACCUGAAAUGGUUGCAAAAGAGAGGUUUGUGUGGAUGAGGUGUCAAGGAGUACCAUUAAACGCCUGGGGAACUGAUUUCUUUUCAACCAUGAGCUGUUCAUGGGGUAAAAUCAUAUGUGUGGAUGAUAAUACAAGCAAGAGGAGGAGGUUCAACAUUGCUAGAUUCUUGAUCUCUACUCCAAUUAUGGAUACAAUCACAGUCUUGCGACAAGUAAAGAUUAACGAAAGCAUAUACACUGUUAAAUUUACAGAGGAGGAGCUCACUAAUAGUUUUUUCUUCUUGAAACAAGACUUCAUGCCUUCAUUUGAAAGUGACUCAAAGGAGCACGAAGUGUGGACCAGUGAGGCAAAAUCGGAGGAGCAGAAAUUCAAUUAUGCAGAGAAGGAUGAACUAGUUAACUAUGAUGAUGCCGGUGAAGAAGAUGAUGACGUGUCGGAAGCAGGGAAAGCCGAGAAGAGGGGGACUCAGGGCUUCGAAAGGGAGAAAGGGCGACUAGAAGACUGGAUGAGCAAGCAAAUGGGGAAGAUGGCAAAGAAAAAGAGAAGGAAAGUUAGGAAGUGCAGUUCGUUAUAUUCAAACAUAGGUGUACAAGUCAUAGGAGCAGAAGGAAGAAGAGGAAGAGGAAAACAAAGCAUGCAGCCGACGAAAAGGAAAUUAGCACCAAAAUUUUUGCCAAAUCCAAAUGGGUUAGUUGCGGGUGAUUCAAUUGGAGAUAGAAACAUUCAAAAUUGUAAUAGAUUUCUGAAGAAAAAGAUGCAGAAUCGGCUAGCAAAGGAGAUAUGGGACUUGGCGAAGCAGCUUGGAGCAAUGGCGGAGGAUGACGAUGAGAUGAUUCAAAGAAUUGAGGAGCUAGAGGAGAGGGACAGACAAGCAAAAAAAGACAUGGCAUACCGAGAUAUGGGUGUCAAUUCGAAGUGUGUUUGGAACUCUAAAGUGCUCAAGAAGGAAGAGGUUCUGGAGGGGGAGAACUUCAUUGGGAUUUAUAGAUUAUGGGGGGAGGAUAAGCUACCUAUGAACAUCGUAAAUAUUUAUUCACCUUGUCAGUUAACGGGCAAGAGAGCCUUAUGGGAGAAGCUGCAACACUUGAUGAAUAACAGAAGGGGGAAGUGGUGCUUGGCAGGAGAUUUCAAUGCUCACAUGAGUAGGAUUGAUAGAUUCCUGUUAUCGGAAGAUUGGAUAACAGAGUGGAGUGAUGUGAAGCAACGGGGAUUAAGAAGGUCAGUAUCGGAUCAUUGCCCUAUUUUACUGAAGAAUGAGAAGGUUGAUUGGGGUCCAAAACCUUUCAAAUUUUUCGAUGCUUGGCUGGAUCAACCAGGUUGCAAAGAGGUGAUUAAAGAUGUGUGGAAUCACAAAGAGGUGAAGGGGUGGAAAGGUUUCAAGCUCAAGGAAAAACUGAAAAACACAAAGCAAGCACUAAAAGAGUGGAGCAGGAAAUCAAUAAAUGAGGUGGAUGGCAAAAUUAAAGAAGCUGAAAAUGAGAUAGCUGAAAUUGAUGAAAAGGGUGAGAAGACUCAACUGGUGGCAGAUGAUAUUGAAAAGAAGAGAAUCAGCUUUGUUGAUUUAUGGAAGAAUCUAAGGAUUAAGGAGAGGAUAUGGCAACAAAAGUCAAGAAAGAUGUGGUUGAGAGAGAGAGAUGCGAACACUAAAUUUUUUCAUAGAUGCGUGAAGGGAAGGUGGAAAAGAAACGAAAUUAAUUCUAUUCAAAUCAAUGGGGAACAGCACACAGGGGUGAUGGAGAUAAAAGAAAAGGUAGCUGAAUACUUUCAGGAUUUGUUUAUAGAAGAGAAAUGGCAGAGACCAAAGCUGGAUGGGAUUAGCUUCAAUCAAAUAUCACAAGAUGAUAAUGAAAUCCUUAUCGCUAAAUUCUCGGAAGAGGAGAUUAAAGAAGCAAUCUGGAAUUGUGAUUCUUCCAAAGCUCCAGGCCCAGAUGGAUUUAAUUUCAGAUUUGUUAAGACAAUGUGGGAGGACAUAAAGUCUGACAUUGUGGACUUUGUGCAAGAGUUUUACAGCAAUGGUAGACUUGUCAAAGGAUCAAACGCAUCUUUUAUUGUGUUAAUCCCCAAGAAAGAAAAUCCUCAAGGUAUCGAAGAAUAUAGACCCAUAUCACUCAUCGGGGUCAUAUAUAAGAUCAUUGCAAAACUACUAGCAAACCGAUUGCAAAAGGUGCUACCUAAGGUAAUCGGGGAUCAACAGAUGGCGUUUAUAGAGGGGACACAGCUAGUGGAUGGAGUUGUGAUUGCAAAUGAGAUCAUAGAUGAAGUUAAAAGAAAGAAGAAAAGAUGCUUCCUCUUCAAAGUUGACUUCGAGAAAGCAUAUGACAAGGUGUGUUGGGAUUUUGUUAAUUAUAUGAUGAUGAGGAUGGGGAUGAUAGCGGACGUGAAGAUUUCACAAGGGAAGCUUGAUGCGUGGGAGUGGGUUCACGACAAGGAUGGUCAUUAUUCAACAAAGACGGCUUACUCAUUGUUGACACAAGAGCAAAGAGGAUCAAGGGGAACUGAAAUCUUCAGAAGAAUAUGGAACCCUCUAUUUCCAAGCAAAGUUUCAGCAUUCAAUUGGCAACUGAUGCUAGAUAGAAUUCCAACAUGGAUGAAUUUGUUAAGAAGAGGGAUUACUAAGGACAUGGAGGAAGGAAGGUGCGCUGUAUGCGGAGAAGCCGAUGAGAAUGCUGGGCAUUUAUUUUUAAAUUGCAAGUGUGCUCGUUGGAUAUGGAAAGCUUGUGCUAAAUGGUGGGGAGCUAAGAUAUUUUUCGGAACAGAUUGCUGGAACACUUUUCAAAAUUUUGGAGCAUGGACCAAGAAUAAACACAUUAGAAAAGGAUGGGACUGUAUAUGGAAUACUGUUAUUUGGUCCAUAUGGCUGUCUCGAAACCAGAAAAUAUUUCAAGAUAAAGAGAUAAACCUGGGGAAACUAUUUGAACUCAUCCAACUAAGAUCCUUUCUAUGGAUUAAAGCAACAAAUGACAGGUAUACCUUCAGUUUAACUGAUUGACUAAUUAAUCCUAUUGUUUGUUUGAAAGUCACAAAUGGUUCAAAAAAGCUUCAUUGAGAAUUUAACUGACUGUAGUGUUAUUUUUUAUCUAUGGGGUUUUUUAAGCUGUAAUCAAUACAUGCUUAAUGACUUU